AUGCGCACGGUCGCCUUUGCAUCGUCGGCGCCAUGCUGGCGGGCCGUCGCCCAAGGCCUCAACCUCCACGGCACGUGCUUGAACCGCGCCUGCGUCGCUUUCGAGAAGGAGGUCAUUGCCCCGAUCGGCCUUGAACCUUUCAACAUCAUUGCGCAACAAGCCUCGUGUCCCAUGUGGAAGUGCGCGAUUGCCGCCCGCACGUGCGGCUUUCACAACUGCGAGUGGCGUUUUAAAGGCGUCAAGGCCAAGGCGGGUGUGCACGUGGCGUCGGCGUGGGAGACGCGGCCAAGUCAAGACGCCUACAACCUAUUUGACGACGACGACAGCAACAUGGCGCUCUGGCGCAGCCUCGUCCUUGUCGUCCAGGCGCGCUCGUCGUCGCAGACGUGCGCGCUCUGCAAGGGCGAUGCGGAUGGAGAAAGAACGCCGUGUGGCCUCGUGUGGAUUGACAGCUCGGCCACGCGACGCGCCAUUGGCGCCACCUGCCCCGAGUGCCACGUGUCUAUCGAUUGA